GAGGCAGCUGUAAGAACAGCAAGCAGCAGCAGCAGAAGCCAAAGCAGCAGCAUCCAGGACCAGUCGCCUUGUCCUCCUCUCUCUCCUGCCGCCCAGCCUCAGUUUCCCCUCCGGAAAGCCAGCGCCCAUUUUGGAGAAGGAGCUUCAGAUUGGGGCACCCUGCCUCCCUGCAGGAUGUGCGCUUCCCCAAGGAAUUUCCAGAUGCCACCCAGUUGGUGAAGGUUCCCACCAUUCCAGCAGUGCAGAGUCUUCAUCCACACCGGACCGACAAUGCUGGUGAAGGAAUACCGCAUCUGCAUGCCCCUGACCACUGAGGAGUACCGCGUUGGGCAGCUGUACACCAUCAGCAAGCACAGCCACCAAGAGAGUGACAAAGGCGAAGGUGUGGAAGUGGUGAAGAAUGAGCCCCACGAUGACCCCGUCCAUGGCCGAGGCCAGUUCACCGAGAAGCGGGUGCACCUGUCCAGCAAACUUCCCAGCUGGGCUCGAGCCGUCACCCCACGGAUAUUUUACAUUACAGAGAAGGCUUGGAACUAUUAUCCCUACACCAUCACAGAGUACACGUGCUCCUUUCUUCCCAAGUUUUCCAUCUACAUUGAGACCAAGUACGAGGAUAACUGCGGAGACAGCACAAAUAUCUUCCACAAUGAAGAAAUCUUAGGAGACCACGAAGUAACUUUCCUGGACAUUGCUUUUGAUGAUAUCCCGGAGCGCUAUUACCGAAGCAAAGAGGAUCUACGGCACUUCAGCUCCGUGAAAACGGGUCGCGGCCCCUUGCGGGAGGGGUGGCGGGAGCACACCACACCCAUCAUGUGCUCCUACAAGCUGGUGACCGUCAAGUUCGAGGUGUGGGGCCUCCAGACCCGUGUGGAGCAAUUCGUCCAUAAGGUCAUUCGGGACAUCCUGCUGAUCGGUCACCGACAAGCUUUUGCUUGGGUGGACGAAUGGUGUGGGAUGACAAUGGACGAGGUGCGCCUGUACGAGCGGGAGACGCAGGAAGCCACCAAUGAGAUCGUGGGGCCAGUGGCACCCACCGUGGCCAUUGCAGAGGUGGGGCUGCUCCCCUCCAGUGCCCCGUCCACACCCCUCGGCGGCGGCGAAGCACCGGACUUCCUCCUCAACAUCCCCAAGGACAGGCCGAGGAAGAAGUCAGCUCCUGAGAUGCUCUCGCUGCCAGUGCUGCGGGAGCGCGCCAAUGCGGAGUGAGCACCCUCCUUCCUUCUGAGCACUAGUGUGACAUGGCUCUUCAUGCAGCUUUCGGAAUAGUUUCUGAUGCCCUUUUGGACCUCCUGGGGCAGGAAACAGUCCUCCCCCAGGUUUGCAUCAUUAAAAGGACCAAGAAAAGGGGUUUUCCCAAGCUGCCUGAUUCCUGCCUGCCAGCUUCUGAGCCUUCCAGGACAUUUGACCCCCUCACUGGGCUGCAUUUGCAACAAUGGCAGCUUUUGCCCAGAACUCCCCUCUCCGACCCACACUGGCUCAGAAAGGCCAUGGGAUAAAUUCAAGCCAGCUGUUCAAGCCAACUUCGGCCCUCCUGUCUCCAGGUGUUUUGAACUCCAGUUCCCACAACUCCUAACAGCUGGAGGUGCCAAAGUUGGCCAACGCCUGGUUUAAGCAGACCAACAUCUGCCUGUAUAUAGAGGUUCGUAACACAGGGCCACUGUAUCUACAAAUGCCACAGUCCCUUUUUCUGUUGUCUGUUGGGCUGUAAAUUCACUGGGACCGAUUUCAUUUGGAAGAAACAAUUUACUAAGACUGUUACACCCAUUUUGAAGCUCUUGUUUUUCAACUGAAUUAAGUCUGUAGAAGGGUUUCUUUUUGCUGGACACACACACAUGGCUCUUUAGGAGUUACACUGCAACUCCCUUGAUCCUUCACCUCUGGCUGCGUUAAACAGAGCUGAUGAGAGUUGCAAUCCAACAAAGCUAGAGGGCCAGUGGUCAGCACUGAGCAAUGAUUUUGACUCAGUGCUGACUACACUUGGCUGUUUCCAGGAAAUACACCCUAAAGCAGGCAUGGGCAAACUUUGGCCCUCCAGAUGUUUUGGAUUUCAACUCCCACAAUUCCUAACAACCAGUUUGCCCAUGCCUGCCCUAAAGCUUAGAAUUUUUUUUCCUUUGGUGACGGUGUCACUCAUCCAUCACUGCCAAUUUAAAGUAUCCUCAUCUAGAGGCACAGACCUGAAGUUACAUCUCCAAUGCGGUUUGGUCUGCACUGGAACAACAAAUGCAAACAAAUCCCAGCAAAUUAAUGCCAUUGCCAAUGAGGUCCCCAAAAUGUCACCCUUUCUGAACAGGGCAGUGUUCCCUGUUCUGUGAAUGUCUCUUGUCUAUCCAGGAUAUAUUAUCAAGCUAGGCUGGAGAGAGACCUGGUAUAAAGGGCAAGGCGCAGACCCACUUUUUACACCCACAAGCCCUCACUUUUUCACAAGUUGGUUGUAUUUGAUAUCCAAUAAUUGAAGGAGGCCUGUUUCUAAUUCUUGUGCCUGUAGAGAUAACACUUUGAAAGUGCCUGCUUUAAUACUAUCGAUAGUUGGGUCUCUAAUGUUGGACUCUUCAGAUUGGAAUGGCAGUGGCUGCCUGACUUCCGGAGGGCCACGUAUUACUAUUGCAGCUUUGGAAAUGCUGAAAUAGGUAACAGUGGGAUAUUCAGAGGACCAGGAUCGUUGCCUUGGACGGAACCGUGGCAAAAGCGGUGUGCAUCAACCAGGCACAAUCUAUACUUGUCAUAGCACAAGAGACAAGAGCACAAUAUGUGGCUGCAAAAAAGCAACAUGGCUGGCCUUUUCCCCAACCUGCAGAGCUAUUCUGGUGAUCCUGCGAACCUCAAUGGCUAUUACACAUAUAGCUAUAGACCAAACAUGGUCUAACUUGGGCCCUCCCUCCAGGUGUUUUGGACUUCAACUCCCACAAUUCCUAACAACCAGCCCAAAACAGCAGGAGAAAGGGCCCAAGUUGGACCAUGCCUGGUAUAGACCUUAAUCACUGUUCCUAUUCAAUAUAGUACAAGAGUGGGACUUGUAAGGAUCUCUAGAUUUUUCCCAAUGGCAACCACUCUGUGCAUUCCAUCUCCAGCAUUGGCUAUGGUGGCCUACAGAGUAGCUGCAGAGCAAUCGUACCUGAGUGAGAUGGACCCAUAGUUUGUCUUAAUAUAAGCAUUCUGCAUCUCUGAACAUUUUAGGUGGAUUAGAAAUCAGCUGGUUUUCCUGUAAUAGGUGGUAAGAGCGCCCAAAGCUUCGGAAAGCUUCUAUUCAAUCAUUUCAAAGCUCCCUGCUUGAGCGGUGAUGGCACAAUCAUCAGCAUAGAUGAAGCUCUCUGUCCUUUCUAGCAGUGGCUGUUCAUUUGUGUAGAUGAUAAACAUUGAUGGAGCAAGCAUGUUCCCCUGAGGCAGGCCGUUCUUCCUUUUUUGCCAUCUAUUUCUCUGACCCCGGGACUCAACAAAAAAGCUCCUGUUUUGUAGCAGAUUUCCUAUGAAACGGGUGAGGUGGUAGUCCUUUUUAAUAUUAUACAUUUUUCUCAGGAGGAGCCAAUUAUUUACAGUAUCAUAAGCUGCUGACAGGUCAGUGUCUAUAAUCUGCUGUCUUUCAAAACCAUCUUCUAUGUGCUGAGUCAGGUUCAGCACUUGUGAUGUGCAGCUUUUCCCUUUCCUGAAACUAGAAAGCCUUGGUUGCUCAGUCAGUCUGAAGUAGCAACCAAGCUGCUAGUUAGGACUAGCCGGUGGAUGAGAAUCCUCAAGACUCCAAAGUCCAAUCACUGAGUGAAUGUGGCUCUUCUGGGCUCCAGGUCUGCUAACCCACCCGUCUUUCUGGGUAUUUUGGCCCUAUCGUCUUCCUCCGUGCCUUUGGAAAGAGGGCCAUCCUACUUCUGCCCCAAGGGCCUUGCUGGAUGCCAUGGAAGGCCAGAGUGAACCCACUUGCUUGGCAGCCAGCUCAGUUGCCAUCACAAUUUGCCUUGCAGAAAAUCAGAAAUGCACCCCUGCCAGGAAAGGUGGGCUUCGUCCUAGACUCAGCCAGCUGCUUCUUUGGUCUCCUUAACGUGGUUUCUCUGACCCAGUUUGUACAAGCACAGUUUGGAUUUGCACUGUUUUGUCAUGCGAGGUGUUCCCUGCCCUCCUGCGCCUUUCAGUCAGCGCGAUCCCCUGCUUCUCUUUACUAUCAAUUGGUUUUGUGCCUGGCUGCGACUCUCCUGCUCCUCGUUUGCGUCCUCGUGCACAGAAAUUGCCGCACUCUGCCGGGGAGUCACGCCAUUGAACCCAAGCAGAAGAAGCCAGGCUCUCCCAUGCGGGGCAGAGCAGAGUUAUGCGCUCAACCCAAUGGCCGCUCUCCUUUGCAAUUGCUUAGGCUUGUCAAAGUCAAGAGCAUUUUGGAGUGUUGCCGACAUGUCAUGUGGCCCAAUCUCCAUUGGGACUCUUAAGAAGAGGGAAAGGCAGAGACAGAUGGUGCCAAGAAAGAGCCUCAGGCGAAAAGAUGUUUUAAUGAUCUGUUAGCACACUGUCCACACACUUAUCUCUAGCUAAAGCUGCAAGGAACAAGGCCCUGAAGGUCACUUUCUGCCCAGGUGACAAUGACAAUGAAUCAUCUGGAAAUUGUGCAUUUCUUUUUGCAUUUCAGUUUUCUUGGGUUUCAGAAGUGAACGAGAGCCAGUUCUGAUCUAGCACGUGAGCCAUUGGGUUACAUAUAUUUCAAGGGAGGAUGGAACUGGGCAGAUGAGGGUCUGAUGUAAAUAAUUUGGGAUCUGUGUAGCGACAAUGCUAUAUGUUUUGGUUGUUGUUUUUUUUUUAAAAAAAGAAUAAAGGCAGUUGCUCCUUGGAAA